AUGACGGACACGCACACUGCAGCGCCAAUUCCUGACCAGUUGAUGGAGAUAGAUGUGCGGUCAGGCACGGAAGUAGGUAGCAACGGACGGAACGAACCGAGAGAAGAGCUUCACGACAGUGCGGGUACAGUAACACGCAGGGCAGCGAGCCUCAGCCAGCGCUGGAGUGACCCCGCUGACAUGGAACUCGAUCGCAGAGAGAUAACGCGACUUAUGCUCCAGGAACUGGAGGACCUUGGCUACCACCGCACAGCGCAGGCACUCGAACGCGAGGCAGGUAUUCUCGCACGCUCACCAGACGUGCGUCGCUUGAAAACACUGCUGCUCUCCGGUGAGUGGGAACAAGCAGCAGAACUCCUCCCUGGACUGGUUGGUCGGACAACUUACCAAAAAGAGCAGGCCGCUGCGGAAACACCAGAAGAAGCGCUUUCCCCUGAGGCUUCAAGGCUCGUGGAUGAGGCUCGCUUCCUCAUUUAUACCCAAAAACUGUAUGAAAUUUUACUGGAACUUCUAGGGCAAGUCGAAGAGGGCGAUGAAGCGGCACCAGCGCGGGUGCUGCGUUGCCAGCGCCUGGAAGCGCUCCAGCAAGCCGCUGUUGACUGCCUGUGUCGGGAGCUAUCGCCGAACGCCGUAGCGCAGCAGGAGGCCUGGCGCCUGCACCGUCUCACCAUCGCUGUGCUGCGUGUCUCACAUGCGAGGGGCUCACUUUCCAAGGCGAUCCGCGAGUCUCUACGCUCCGUGCUACAGGGCGAGGAUGUUCCAGAGACGACCAAGACUGUACCACUUGGAGCGACGGAUGGAGUGGAGUUGCGGCGUUGCAUGCGCGAGCAACUCUUCCACAAGCUGCAGCCGUACAUCCGCAAGGAAAAAACGAUUGAAAAGUGGCGAUUGGAGACGCUUUUGCGACGAGCACUGCGAGAGAAUUUGCAGCAGGCUUGUUUUCCAUAUACCUAUCAGGAGCGUCCCUCGUUACUGGAGGAUCUUGUAUUUCAACCGAUGGCCAUACCGAGCGAGACAUGGCGCAUUCUCAAGGCGCACCGGGAUGAAGUCUGGCUUGUCCAGUUUUCCCACAGUGGUCGUUGGCUCCUCUCCGCCGGCAAAGACGGCCUUAUUGUCGUUUGGGAUGUUGCGCGACUCAGCCAAUCCAAUGAGCAGAUCGUCGAGCAUCGUGCUGACCUGGCCGCUGCCGAUGUUCGUGCUCUCUCCAAUGGUGUCGAGCCCGCCACCGAUGAUGCAUCAUCGGCAAACGGGUCGGAUGCGUUCGAACACGCCGGUUGUCUGGUGCUCGACGGCCACAGCGACGCGAUAUGUGCCGUAUCCUGGUCGCCGGACGACGAGAUGAUCCUAUCGGCAGCGGGUGAUCAUGUUUUGCGCCUGUGGGAAACGCGGACCGGUCGAUGUCGUUUCGCAAGUGAAAGACAAACCCAGGCGAUUACUGCAUGUGCCUGGCUUCAUGACGGCGAGCGCUUCGUUACCAGCCUGACAGACUCCAAUCUCUACGUCUGGCGCGUCGACGGGUUGCGAGAGCGCACGACGCUCGGCAUGGACCGCGUUCGAGCGCAUGUUGUACUCGCCUUUCAUGGACGCAUCUUUAACGACAUCGCGGUGAACUACUUUUACAACGAGAUCGUGGGAAUCUGCACCGCCCGGUGCAUCUGUCGCUAUGAUGCUGAUGGGGCAACCGCUCUAGGUCCCUGCAUCGAAGAGUCCGAGAAUAUGACAGCACUCUGCGUUUCCCGAUUAAAGUCGAUUCCGGUCGUGCUUGUGAGCACCUCCGGCGACGGUUGCCCGCGACCUGAGAUCCACGAAUGGGAUUUUGAACAUAACGCUCUAGUUCAGCGUUAUAUUGGGCAUCAACAGGGUCGCUUUGUGAUCCGAAGCUGUUUCGGUGGUUUUCGCGAAUGCUUCGUGCUGAGCGGCAGCGAAGAUGCCCACGUAUACAUCUGGAAACGACGUUCGGGUCAGCUCUGUGCUCGACUUGCAGGCCAUACUGGGACAGUGAAUGCGGUUGCGUGGAGUCCAACGGAUCUCGCGCUCUUUGCGUCUGCGAGUGAUGACGGUACCGUUCGACUUUGGAGCACCGCCAAUCGCUGCAUGUAG